AAACCCGCCUGAGCCAAAGCUGAGAGGGAGGCAAACAUUUAGAGACGGGGCCGGUUUCAUUUGUAGAAGCUGCUUGGCCAUGUGAGGAGGGAGCAGAAGGAGGAAGCGCAGGAAGAAGAGGAGGGACGUCAUUUACUGUGAUCAUCUCGUAUUGAAAUAGUCAGAAGGCUCUGAGAGAGGAAGGAAGGCGGCUGGAACACGGACAAACAUGGGGAAGGAAAGCGAGAUGGAAAUGAAGUCCGAAGUCAAACAUUUUCAAAAUGGAAGUCUGGGUGAGAAAGAAGAGAAUGAUGAAAAGAAAAGUAAAAAGAAAAAGAAGAAGGAAAAGGAGCCGAAGGAGCCCAUGGUCGGCCCACUCUCUGUGUUCAGGUUUGCAGACAGAUCGGACAUCCUGAUGAUCUUCAUUGGGACUGUGAUGGCCGUGGCCAAUGGGGUCGUGCUCCCUCUCAUGUGCAUCGUCUUCGGAGACAUGACGGACAGUCUUGUUAACAGCGCCAUACCCAACAUCACCGCAAACUACUCCAAUACCUCAUUCCCACCAAGCAUGUUCAGCGAUUUAGAGAAGGAAAUGACGACCUUUGCCAUCUACUACUCCAUCUUGGGAGCCGUCGUGCUGAUUGCCGCCUACCUGCAGGUGUCCCUCUGGACGCUGGCGGCCGGACGGCAGGUGAAGCUCAUCCGCAAGCUGUUUUUCCACAGAAUCAUGCAGCAGGACAUCGGCUGGUUCGAUGUCAACGAGACGGGAGAGCUCAACACGCGCCUCACAGAUGACGUCUACAAAAUCCAAGAGGGCAUUGGUGACAAGGUGGGGAUGUUGAUUCAAAGUUUCAGCAGCUUCAUCGCAGCCUUCAUCAUCGGUUUCACCAAAGGCUGGAAACUCACCCUCGUCAUCCUGGCUGUGAGUCCGGCUCUGGGCAUCUCAGCUGCACUUUUCAGUAAGCUGCUGGCGAACUUCACAACCAAAGAGCAGAGUGCAUAUGCCAAAGCCGGCGCUGUGGCGGAGGAAGUGCUCUCCGCCAUCAGGACAGUGUAUGCCUUCAGCGGACAAAAGAAGGAGAUCGAGAGAUAUCACAAGAACUUGGAGGAUGCUAAGUCAAUGGGGAUAAGAAAGGCGAUCUCUGCUAACAUCGCCAUGGGAUUCACCUUUCUGAUGAUCUACCUGUCUUACGCUCUGGCCUUUUGGUACGGCAGUACCCUCAUCCUGAAUAAUGAGUACACCAUUGGAUCUGUGCUCACUGUGUUCUUUGUUGUGAUUAUUGGAGUGUUUGCAAUGGGGCAGACUUCUCCCAACAUCCAGACGUUUGCUAGCGCCCGCGGAGCCGCCUACAAGGUGUACAGCAUCAUCGAUCAUAACCCAGCCAUCGACAGCUAUUCACAGACGGGCUUUAAGCCGGACUUCAUCAAAGGAAACAUAGAGUUCAAAGAUAUCCACUUCAGCUACCCGUCCAGGCCUGAUGUCAAGGUAUUAGAUGAAAUGUGUUUAAGUGUGAGCAGUGGACAGACCAUGGCGCUGGUGGGCAGCAGUGGAUGUGGUAAAAGCACGACGAUCCAGCUGCUGCAGAGGUUCUACGAUCCUCAGGAAGGAUUUGUAUCUAUCGAUGGUCACGACAUCCGCUCUCUUAACGUGAGCUACCUGAGGGGAAUGAUCGGCGUGGUGAGCCAAGAGCCCAUCCUGUUCGCCACCACCAUCGCCGAGAACAUCCGCUACGGGCGGCCUGACGUGACGCAGAUGGAGAUCGAACAAGCUGCCAAGGAAGCCAACGCUUACGACUUCAUCAUGAACCUUCCUGAUAAGUUUGAGACCCUGGUCGGUGACCGAGGGACUCAGAUGAGCGGAGGACAGAAGCAGAGGAUUGCGAUUGCUCGAGCUUUGGUCCGCAACCCCAAAAUCCUUCUGCUGGACGAAGCCACGUCUGCGCUGGACGCUGAGAGCGAGACCAUUGUUCAAGCUGCACUGGAUAAGGUGCGACUGGGUCGUACGACACUAAUUGUGGCUCACCGCCUCUCAACAAUCAGAAAUGCCGACGUGAUUGCAGGCUUCCAGCAGGGUAAAGUUGCAGAGUUGGGCACUCACAGCGACCUGAUGGCGAAACACGGAGUCUACCACACGCUGGUCACCAUGCAGACCUUUCAGAAAGCAGAGGAUGAUGAGGAUGAAGGCGAGCUGUCCCCAGGUGAGAAAAGUCCUGUGAAAGACCCCAUGAGAGAGUCUACGCUGCUGAGGAGGAAGUCUACAAGAGGAUCCUCGUUCGCUGCUUCAGCUGGAGAGAAAGGAGAAAAAGAAAAGGGAAAGAACAAUGAGGACAAAGCAGAAGAAGAGGAGGCCGUCCCCAUGGUGUCGUUCUUUAGGGUUCUGCGCCUCAAUGCUUCUGAGUGGCCUUAUAUUCUGGUGGGACUGAUUUGUGCCACAAUAAACGGAGCCAUACAGCCUCUGUUUGCCGUCCUCUUCUCCAAGAUUAUCACUGUGUUUGCAGAGCCAGAUUUAGAAGUUGUCAGAGAAAGAUCAAACUUCUUCUCGCUCAUGUUUGUCGCUAUCGGAGUUGUUUGCUUUUUCACCAUGUUUCUACAGGGAUUCUGUUUUGGAAAAUCUGGAGAAAUUCUCACCCUGAAGCUGAGGCUUGGUGCCUUCAAGUCCAUGAUGAGACAGGAUCUUGGGUGGUUUGACAGCCCCAAAAACAGUACCGGGGCGCUCACCACCAGACUGGCUACAGACGCAGCCCAAGUACAGGGGGCGUCAGGAGUGCGCCUGGCAACCUUCGCCCAGAACAUCGCCAACCUCGGCACCGGUGUGAUCCUGGCGUUUGUGUACGGCUGGGAGCUAACGCUGCUGAUUUUGGCCGUGGUGCCCGUCAUUGCGCUGGCCGGAGCCGUUCAGAUGAAAAUGCUCACUGGACAUGCAGCCGAAGACAAAAAGGAGCUGGAGAAGGCUGGAAAGAUAGCCACAGAGGCUAUAGAGAACAUCCGUACUGUUGCCUCUCUCACAAGAGAGCCAAAAUUUGAGUCUUUGUAUCAGGAAAAUCUCGUAGUUCCUUAUAAGAACUCUCAGAAAAAGGCCCAUGUGCACGGCUUCACCUUCUCCUUCUCCCAGGCGAUGAUCUACUUUGCCUACGCAGCCUGUUUUCGAUUCGGAGCCUGGCUCAUCAUACAAGGAAGGAUGGAUGUGGAGGGAGUAUUCCUCGUGAUUUCUGCGGUUCUGUUCGGAGCCAUGGCCGUCGGCGAGGCCAACUCCUUCGCUCCGAACUACGCCAAGGCCAAAAUGUCCGCCUCCCACCUGCUGAUGCUGCUGAACAAAGAGCCUGAGAUCGACAAUCUGUCUGAGCAGGGAGACAAGCCGGACACAUUUGAUGGUAACGUGAGCUUUGAGAGUGUGAAGUUUAACUAUCCGUCGCGGCCUGACAUCCCAAUCCUGCGAGGCCUGAAUCUGAGCGUGAAGAAGGGAGAAACUCUGGCCCUGGUGGGGAGCAGCGGCUGUGGAAAGAGCACCACCAUCCAGCUGCUGGAGAGGUUCUACGACCCCAGAGAGGGCCGAGUGGUGAUGGACAAAAUCGACGUCAAACAGCUGAACAUCUGCUGGCUCAGAUCUCAGAUUGGCAUCGUGUCCCAGGAGCCGGUGCUGUUCGACUGCACGCUAGCGGAAAACAUCGCCUACGGAGACAACACCCGCAAAGUGACCAUGGAGGAGAUAGAGGCAGCUGCCAAAGCCGCCAACAUUCAUAACUUCAUAAAUGAACUGCCUCAGAAGUACAACACUCAGGCAGGCGAUAAGGGGACUCAGCUGUCCGGCGGUCAGAAGCAGCGAGUGGCCAUCGCCAGGGCCAUCCUCCGCAACCCGAAAGUGCUGCUCCUGGACGAGGCCACCUCUGCUUUGGACACAGAGAGCGAGAAGGUGGUGCAAGACGCCCUGGACCAGGCCAGCAAAGGCAGAACAUGCAUCAUCGUGGCGCACCGUCUCUCCACCAUCCGGAACGCCGACCGCAUCGCCGUCUUCCAGGGAGGCGUGGUGGUGGAGCAGGGGACGCAUCAGCAGCUGCUGGCAAAGAAGGGAGUCUACCACAUGCUGGUCACCACACAGCUGGGCCACAGGACUGAGUGAGAGGAGGCUGGGAGCUUUGAGAGCUUUAAUGCUGGAGGAAGCACGUCGUGCCUUCACAUCGAUGCACUUACACUGGUCUAUACAGAGCGACCUCAGUGGAGCGACGGCGACUGAAAGAGCUGGCUGCGCCUUGUGAGCUGCACUGUUAGUAGUUUUGCUGCUGUUGAUUUGCCGUUGACACUUUAUGGGUGUUUUUCACACAAAAAGGAAAAGAUAUAUUGCUUUGUGAAAGUAGGAAAAACCUGGAUUGCAUUUGUGCCUUUUUUUUUUCACGGAAACUGUGGAAAAUGCUCAACUAUAACAUUUCUUCUGCUUUUAAACAUCAGUUUAUGUUUCUGAUUGAUUUAAAUGGUGUUUGUAGAAAUAUUCAUUAGCUGAACUGCUUCAUUAAACCUCAUGUCUCAUUAUGUUCCUUGUAGCUUACAAUGUAUAUUUUCUCCUUUAAAUGUAUUCAGAUUUAAACCAGUUCUUUAUUGGUCUUCAUCAUUGAUGCUCUGAUUCUUUUUUUUUUUAUGACCAGCUAUGUUUUUAUUGUUUCAAAUCUAUCUAUUGUUGUAGCUUGAAAGCUUCAUGCCUCCAUGUUUUCCUGUUUGGAUCCUUAGCUGCACAUUACAUAGCACUUAAUGGCACAUGUGUAAGCAGUAGCUAUCUCCUCACACUCCUCUUUACCGACAUGUUUGAUGCACUCUGUUGAGUUUUGGUUGGGAUUUCUCUGUGGCUUAAGAUGACCUCCAGACAUAAAUGAUUUUAAAAAAUGCUUGUUAAUAAAUAUUUGUUACAAGAGAUAAAAAUAGUUGUAAUAAAGCGAUAAAAAUGUAAUAAUUGUGGAGAAAGUGGUUUACAUUGUUACCUCUAGCUUUUGCUACCAUAUUGACAAUGUUUGUACACUUAAGUUGCUGUUAUUUUAAUGGAUUACAGAUCGGGUGUUUUAAAUGUAUAAAUAAAAAUUGUUCAAGCAACAAAAAAUAUGUGAAUGGGUAAAUAUGAGCUUAAAUAUGAGUAAUGGUAAUAAAAAUAAACAUUGCACUGGAUUUAUACUUUUAUGUAAGGCCUAAACAUGCCAGUUCAUUUUAGGGUGGACUGUCUUGAUGCAAUAUUGAAACUUUUAUGCACAAUAAAGUGUAAUUUAAAUGCAUCAGACAUGCCGGGACCACUGGUGCUGAGUCAAUAUUCUGAGGUAAAUGUAACUGGGUUAUUAAUAUUUCAGUAAUUUGUGAAAAUGAGCCAAAAAUGAGUGAUAAAAUUAUGCAUUCAAGCAUUGA